AUGGAGAACAAGGGUUCAAGUUCAAGAGCAUCUGGGGCGUCACCAACUGAGCUAUUCAUCUCGGUGGCGAAUGUGGUGCGGAUCAUUCAGUGUGUGGUACCGCCAUACGGAAAGAUUGAUGGUGAUGCGAAGGAGAUUGUUCAACAUUGUGUCUCGGAUUUCAUUGGCUUGAUAGCUGCCGAAGCUAACCUGCUUUGUCAAAGUGAGAGUCAUAAGACGAUUAUCGCCGAUGACAUUCUACGGGCUAUGGCCACACUAGGGUUUAAUGAUUAUGUUAACGCACUUUCCUUUUACAUUUCCCGUUAUCAUGAGACGGAGUCGUUGGGGAUAGCCGUCGUUGGGGAUGGCCGUCUCAUUUGA